AUGAGAUUCCUCGCCACUGCGGCCAGUGUUGGCCUGUGGGCAUCCCUUGUUCAAGCCUGGUCUUGCCUUUCCGACGCCGACGCCAAGUCCAUCGCCGACCGAUCCACCAUCUUCCUGCAGCAUCUCAAUGUCACCGAGGCCAAUAUGACUGCUCAAGGACUCUUCGCGAACAACAUCACCGAGUACGGCGACUCCAUCAAUUCGCUUCGGGGCGAUGCUCUUGGUACAAUCGUCGAAAAUGGCAAGCAACGUUACAUCAAUGACACCCUGUCCACGCCGCCAAUCCCUCAGAUAAACACACUCGCCAUUGUCCACGGCUGUAACCAGAUGGUUUGGCAAUGGGAGUUCCUUGGAAUUGGAACAGGUGCGAAUCGAGUCAGGGGAAUGACCUUGAUCACGGUCGAUGGGAUGAGUCAAAUCACGCAGCAGUAUGUCGAAUUCAACAGCCUGGCAUGGGGUGCGGACAUUGGAUUCAACAUCACGCCGCCGGCUGGUGGGAUCCCUUGA